AUGGAACUGCAGGAAAUGUGGUUCGCGUAUUGCCGGUUUGCCCUCUCAAUGUCUCUCAAUGUUGCGACAACGAACGAGGAGAUAUCCAACGUAGCCUACCUGGUAGCGUCAUCGUCGUCUCCAGCAACCAUUGACGCCUUUCGACGACGCAUUGCAGUACGACAUACGGGGUCCUCCUUGCUGAAUUCUUUGCUUUCAAGCAUUCAUGUUGCCGCCACUUCCUACAUAUAUCUCUUUCGAAUUAUAAGGGGAAUUCAGCUGGACACAUUUAAUGACCUCGACUUCAACGGCCUAAAUGUCGUAGAAUCAUCUUCGUUUUCUCCCCAGGAUAUCGUCUUUCCUACGUUCCCGGUAAAGGCUCUGAGGACUGUCAUAUCUCAUUUCUUAAAUUCCGUUCGAAUCCGACUUCUUGAUGAUAUCUCGCACGAUGCCUCCGUUCUUGGUCGUCUCAAUUCAGGCUUUCUGAUAACUCAUUCCACGACUUCAAACGAAUGGAGUGCGCCAUGGGCCAUUAUGAGGCCUUUCGCGUAUUGCCACCUUCAAGUCCACUUAACGUCAUCCCGACUAUUGAUACACCCUCUUGUCAUGCCAACAUCCUUUCUUCCUGUCACGUCGUCUUUGACGCAAGGAUCACCUAUCUUGCUGCUGCCCUAUGCUACUCCAGCUUAUUUUCUUGCAUCUUAUAAAGGACCAUGCUCUGCUCUGUCGAAACAGUUCAAAGAAUGUUUUGAGGGUCUCGGCGUGUCAUCUUGGGAUCCUGAUUCCUACAUCAUUGCCUGGGUCAAUGUCGAAAAUAGGCAGGGUGAAGAUAAGGGUGUCAUGAUUAUCUAUCCGACGUCACUCUGUGUCCGAUCACUGUCCCCCAAUAUCCCAUCUCUACCCCACAUCCCGGCCUUACCAGCUACCUUACAGUCCUCCCCACAGUCAACCCCAUCUGUGCCCUUCUUAUCAGUGUCCAGUCCCACGUCCGUAAGCGCGUUUCGGACGCUUACCAUCUCCAAGAGCCGAGAUAUUACCCGAGUAGCCAAGGAAGUCGGUGGCUAUGUUGACGCAGUUGCAAAAGAACGAGAACGAGAACGAGAACGGCUCAAGCGAGAGAGAGAGGGUGUGGGCACGAGCGUAGCGCAGCCUUCGUCGACUCAGGUCCCGCAUCUAUUUGUGCAACAGCAAGUUCAAUUAUUGCAACAGCAACAGAUACAGCAGCAGCAAAUUCAGCAGCAGCAGGUACAACAACAACACCAGAUACUUGAUUUCUAUCCUUCUCCCCCUCAAACUAAUUUAAUGGUUCCCCCACCUUCGGAUCAUGUUUCGCCAGUAGCUCCCGUUGCCGUACCUAUGGAUGUCGAUCCGCAACCGAAUCCAGUUCCUUCUCAACCUUCCUAUGAACCAUUCAACUCAAGCUGGAUGGAGGAUUGGAUGAGUGGCUUGGGCGACACUGUCAACGUCGGCAAUGGUGGAGACAGAGGCAUGAGCAUAGGUAUGAUGGACUUCGAAGCUGAUUUCACGGAGGACGAUUUCAGUUUUUUUGACGAUAAGCCACCACCUCCCAUGCCUGCCGUGACGGGUUUGACUCCGGCCGCCCCAUUAGAGGAGCCACAUUGGGAGAUCGAAGCAACACCAGAUGUCGGGAUCGGUUUACCAUCACCGCCAGCAGAAUCUGUGUUGAACUUUCGCGUCGACGAUAUAAAGGUACAAAUGAAGGUCGAUACUGCCGGUGGUCUAUGGGAUGCGAUCCCGUUUGCAGACAGUUAUCGUGCGACGGACGGGAAGUAUAACAUGGGUAAAUUUUCUUCAGCUCCGGGCCGAGCGGAAGGAUGGCGGAAACGGUAUGAGAAAGUGACGGAUCCGCGUCUGGGUGUGGUGAAAAGGCUAGCUUUGAGGGGAGCGAAGAGUACCAGUGAGCCUGAGAAGGAUGACUGGGAAGCAGAGUGGCGUGAGGGGAAUCCGGAACCGGAGGAGGAUUCGGAUGGGGCGGAUGACAGCGAUGAAGAUAUGGAGAGCGGCGGAGAAGAAGAGAGCGUGGAUGAUACAGAGGGAGAGAGGCCUUGUACUCCGCUGCCUGCGUGGAUACCGAUGGGACCGUCCCUGCUUCCCAUCCAUUUUCGGCACGAGGUCUUGCUUCCACUUAGUGCUCCCUUGAGGUCAGGUGUUGUUGGCGGCAGCAGCGGCGUAGGUACGGGUGUGUCGUCUGUUCCGACUCCUGUAUCCCCUGGUAGGGUUGGGAAAGGAAAGUCAUUGCAGGCCGCUGCCGAGAGCUUAGGGAAAGAGAUUGUGGAAAACUCUGUUUGGGCAGCAGUAUGGGAUGGGGUGAAUGCGAGGGGGAAUCCUGCAUGCAUCGGCAGUAUUCUUUGGGAAAAAGAUGUCCAGGUUGUUAGUCGUUUAUUCUCAGCUGUUCAGGGUAUCGACGCUCCGUUGCGUCUGGAACAGUUGUUCGGUUUAGUGGGAUCAACCAAAGGUGCGGAGUCGAGACUCGAGAAAUUGGAAGCGCCUAUGUUGCUAGUGGGGAAAGGGGAUGCUGUGAUACAGAUAUCACCACCUGCUUUACGAUUUUGGGAUAAGCUAGGCUUGGGGCCCAGAGGCGGAAAAAAAGACAUUCAAGCAUUCGUUGUAUUUGACAGUCUUCAAGAACAGAUGUCGGAUAAGGUCAGUGAGUGGCUGAUCAACCUCAGGACCGUCUAUGAGGGAAAACACUUUGGCAAGGUUUCGUUAGGCCAAAGCCAGUUUUGUGAACAGGACAUGAACGGUGUCGUGCCAAUCCGCUAUGAUCUGUCCCUGCGGAAGACUUUAGAUUCAUUUAUCGCUGGAUCAUCCACUCCACCUCCAAGGGAAAGUAUCGUUGUCUUUAUUGUUACUUCAAUAACUACGAUGACGUUACUCUCUCCUACCAUGCGACAACUCUUCUCCGUCGUGCGCAAGGCUUCUGCUUCCCAUCCCCAAAUGCUCUUCCACUUUGUCCCGGAACAAAUUCUUUACUUCGAGUCAAACUCCCAUUUUGAGGACCUGUGCGGUUCCAUAUAUGACCGCAUACUAGUUCCUGUCGUCCGAUCAAUGUCGAGGAAGCUAUCUCAAGCAGGAGAGGUGACGAAAUUUCUGGAGGACCCCGCAUUUGUUCUCGCAAGGACUCCUGAGGAAUCCAAGGUAGUGUAUAGUGGUCCCAAGGCAGACGCUACUGCGAUGAUCUUAGGUGUCAUGGACAAAGGCACCUUUUUGCAUGUGGGAUAUGGGGUAAGCGAAUGCGGAAAAUGGAUUUUUGCUUCAUGCAAUGAUCAAAGAGGCGAUGGUCAUAACCUUGGAGUAUGGCUGACGAGCAAGGGAGGCGGUGAAGCUAACGAAGGUGAAGUUGAUGAGAUGACGUUUUUGGUCCACAAAGUGUGGGACUUCACUGCGCGUUUCGCCAAGAAGGCGAAUAUAGAGUGGAGAAUUGUUAUCGCUAAACUAGGUUCCAUGGGGGAGGGCGAAUUAGAUGCAUGGACAAGGCAUCUUGAAAGUGAUACGGAAAUGGGCCCCGUUCACGUGUCUGUUGUGGCUGUAGAGCCUUCGACGCCUUGGAUGUUCACUUCGCGCCCCGAACUUGAUGCAACCAAGUCUGCGUCUCCUUCAUUAAAGAGUGUCGGUCGUUCUGCCUCUGUGUCAUCAUCAAAACCCUCCAAGAACAAUUCGCACCCCGUCUUCGUUGACAUUUCAUUUAGCACGUACGCCCUAUUCCAACAGUCCCCACUUCCCGUCUCCGUUCCUCCGACGCUUGGCGAUAUGGGUUUGGGUCUUGGAUAUAUCCCAGACCCUUCGUCGUGGCAUGGUGGAGAAGACACUCACCCUCAGAGCCCUUCUAUCGAACACGACCACAGCAAUCUUCCCCAUGUACUGCCUCUUAUCCCGCAUGCGAGCGCAACACUUAUUCGAGUACCUUCUUCUACGACUGUCGCUACUACGACUAUGCUGCAUAUCCAUUUAUUGCACAUGAUUCGAUCAGUGGGGUGUUCGUACCCUGCGUCAGACUACAACCAGCUGCUCCGCGAUAUCACCCAUUCGUACUAUGCACUUUCAGUUCUUUCUUCGUUGAAAUGGCGCAUGAAAGGUGCUAACCCGAUUCUGCCUUUUCAUUUGGGUGCCGUGGAGGCGAUGAGGACAGCGGUUAUGUCCGGCGGCUCUACGGACGCGCCUGAAUAACGGUCUACCUUGUUUCUGUUUAUUCAUUCUGCGUAUUUGUUGUCGUCAUACCUUGUCGCAUAUAACCCCUGUUGUAACUGCUCAUUUGCAUAUCUAGACGCUACAUAUCAUUUUUGUACAAUGCACGCUCUCAUUCACUCUUGUAUAAUACUCUUAGUUUACACCAUCUCCUUGAAAUAUCACAAAUGGAACUAAUAUAUGGGGGAAUCUCUAC